AUGGUCACCCUGGCAAAAGCUCUUGCCCAAUUCGGCUAUUAUACAUUCGACAAUUUGUUGACGCUUACUGAAAAUCUCCUAAACAUUGUUGACAAUAGCCCACAUAGAGCUCAAACGGCCCGUACCGUAUCCCAUGGAAUGACGAUGAUCCAUCGAGUCACCCAAUCAAUGAUUGGUGGCCGUUCCUUAACGUUGGACGGGCCAUCAAAAAGUACCGAGAAGAGCUCGAUAGAGGAUACGUUUGUAAUGGACGUCCGUCGGGAUUAUCGCAUCACGAUGGCAUUGUCAUGGUUCAAGAGGAAUUUCCCUUGUGAUGAACAUGGUGUCCUAAAUCAAACUGCA